GCGCUUCUCCAACAAUCGCUCCCUUGUGACAGACCAACGCAGGGAUUGGGAGGCUGCUGGGAAAACAUGGCAGCUUCCUUUUGUUUGUGCGGAUUUAGUGUACUCCGAAAGAGGAUUUAAAUACAUUCUUCAGUGGAUAGACGGAUCUCCAUCGCAUACUCUGUGUUCACACUGCCAGUUAACCAAACACUUGAAUCAGGAGAACAUGGAGAAGAGUGGGAGCAUCGACAGUUUGGGCUCGAAGCGCUCCUCUUCCCGACAUCCAAGUGUUGAUUCAUUGUCCAGUUCUUCCACCUCUCGAUCUGACCGAUCUGCCCAGGCCAAGCCACCCUCUGGGAUGUCCUCCGACUCUGUGGCUACCUCUGCAGAGCUCUCUCCAGAGCUCAGGGUCAAGCCCAAAACUGCUGCCAAGCAGGUGCUUAGAGAUUCAGACAAAGAAGAGCCACAGUUACUUCCAAAUGAAACCGUGCAAGACAUGGCCCAAGAUGUCACCUACUUCUGUCCUUUCAUUGGCGCACUGAGGGGAACAGUGACAGUUACCAACUACAGACUUUUCUUCAAAUGCAUGGACAGGGAGCCAGCAUUUGUGCUGGACCUGCCCCUUGGGGUGGUGAGUCGUGUGGAAAAGAUUGGAAGUGCAUCAAGCCGUGGUGAUGUGUCCUACGGGCUAGUUUGCAAGGAUAUACGUAAUCUACGAUUUGCACACAAACAAAUGGAGGACACACUCAGGAAGUCCAUUUUCGAAGUGCUGAUGAAAUUUGCGUUUCCUGUUUCCAACGGGCUGCCAAUCUUUGCCUUUGAAUAUGGGCAAGUCUUUCCUGAAAACGGAUGGAAGGUGUAUGACGCUGUCUCGGAAUACAAAAGACAGGGUAUACCCAAUGAAAGCUGGAGGAUAACAAAAGUCAACGAUCACUACGAGGUUUGUGACACCUACCCAUCAACUCUGGCGGUGCCUGUCAACAUACCAGACGAAGAGCUUAAGAGAGUAGCUGCCUUCCGAGCAAAGGGAAGGGUACCCGUGUUGUCAUGGAUCCAUCCAGAGAGCCAGGCAACAGUGACACGCUGCAGUCAGCCCAUGGUUGGAGUAAACGGGAAGCGCAGUAAAGAGGAUGAGAAAUACCUCCAGGCGAUCAUGGAUGCUAAUGCUCAGUCCCAUAAACUCUUCAUCUUUGAUGCCAGGCCCAGCGUCAACGCUGCUGCCAACAAGAUGAAAGGCGGUGGUUUUGAAAGUGAGGAUGCGUAUCAAAAUGCGGAGCUGGUGUUCUUAGAUAUUCACAAUAUCCAUGUGAUGAGAGAGUCACUCCGCAAGCUGAAGGAUGUGGUCUAUCCCAACAUUGAGGACUCCCACUGGCUCUCCAAUCUGGAGUCCACUCAUUGGCUCGAACACAUCAAGCUGAUCAUGGCAGGAGCACUGCGGAUUGCAGACAAGGUGGAAUCUGGGAAAACAUCAGUGGUGGUGCACUGUAGUGACGGUUGGGACCGCACAGCCCAGCUCACCUCCUUGGCCAUGCUCAUGCUAGACGGUUACUACCGCACCAUUCGCGGCUUCGAGGUGCUGCUUGAGAAAGAGUGGCUGAGCUUUGGUCACCGCUUCCAGCUGCGUGUUGGUCAUGGCGAUAAGAACCACACAGACGCAGACCGCUCACCUGUUUUUAUUCAGUUCAUCGACUGUGUCUGGCAGUUGACUCGCCAGUUUCCUGCAGCCUUUGAGUUUAAUGAAUACUUCCUGGUAACCAUCCUGGACCACCUGUACAGCUGCCUGUUUGGGACAUUCUUGUGCAACAGCGAACAGCAGAGGUUAAAAGAAGAGGUUCCCAAGAGGACAGUAUCGCUGUGGGCUUAUAUAAACAGCCAACUAGAGGAGUUUACCAAUCCUUUGUAUGUGAACUACUCCAACCAUGUGCUGUUCCCUGUAGUCAGCUUACGUCACCUGGAGCUUUGGGUUGGCUACUACAUCCGCUGGAACCCUCGCAUGAGACCUCAGGAACCUGUUCAUCAGCGCUACAAGGAGCUGUUGGCGAAGCGUGCUGAGCUGCAGAAGAGAGUGGACGAGUUACAGCGAGAGGUGACCAAUCGCUCAGCCUCCUCUUCCUCUGAACGUGCGGGCUCCCCCACACGCUCCAUCACUCCAGUGCAGACCUUUGUUUGACACACCUUUGACCCUCGUGGCGGUUGCAGAAGCUGAAUCCUACCUGUGAGAAGGUGCCAUACAGUAGUAAUCAGUACGCCACACCUGGUGCCACGAAAGGACCUGUGUGCCAAACUGGCUCUUUGAGUGACACAUACCAUGUAAAUACACCUCCACCAAAAGUCUGAUCUAUUUGCACCUCUCACAGGUGAUGUAGAGUCUGCAUGCAACAGAAGAGGGUCUGACUCAGACGGCUUUACUACAGCCAUAUUGUACUCUUCAUCCAGGGUUGUGGGGACACAUAACCAGAAUAGUGAGUACUGUUUAGCAUAUCAACCUACCUACAAUCAGUGUUAAUAAUUUUGAAGUACACUAAAAUAUGACUCGGGUAAAAUAUGAAUGCCUUAUACACUUUAGAACACUCACGUCAUUCCUCUGCACUGCAAAUGUUUAGAUAUUGAUUUGAAAGCAAUUGUGAAGAUGUACAUUACUGAAGAGAUCUAGUACUAACACCAACUAAAUGGCUCGGGAGUUGUUAAGUAUUCAAAAACGUAGCUAAAGGGCUGUAAUGUUAGCUUCUUCUAAUGUAAAAGAGUGCAUUAAAAAACCGUUAGCAGGUUAUCUUUACAAGUUAGUGCUUUUAGAUUGUUGUGACCAAAUAUCCAUGUUUUUUUUUGUGAAUACAUAAUGUGUCAUGUAUGGCAUUCCUCUCAUUGAGUGAUUUAGGUUUUGUAAGUUUAAUUUUUCUAACUAGUUAUUUAUUAUCCUUUAGUCCAGACUUGUAUUUAUGGCUCAUGAACACAUCUGUCUCAUGUCAUAAAUUGAUUAGAGUUGUUUUCAUACAAUAUUAAUAAGCGACACAGAAUAUGCAACAGUUCAUUAGUUGAAGUUAAUAGACUAUUACUUAACUAAAAUGUUAAUGUGUGAACAUUUCUUACAGAUGCUUUUAAAGCUAGAAUCGGACAAUAUUUCUUUUAGGGAGCAGAAUGUGUAAUAACUAAUAAUUUGCUUUAGGUUUUUUUGUUCUUCAGUUUAAUGAAUAUCUGUGCCUUGCUCUGAAUGACUGGUUGUGAGAAUAACAAGAUAAAAGCGUGCAGUUUUUUAAUUGCCGAGAUGAAAGGGUGAAUACAGUGUUAGUUAGCCUUUCCACUGAAUAUUAUGUGAAUACAGCCUAAAUAAAUAAAUAAACGCAGGCCUCAACUUCAUUACGGUUACAUUAGUGUGGUGUGAACACAACAACCUCCAGUUUAUUUCUUGGUUUUAUCUAUAAGUGUUUUAAAUAAUAGCAGAACCCCAAUCACAUUAGCAAUAAUUUGUGGUCCAAGCUGGAGCCCUAUUGUUUUUGUUCUGAUUGAAUCUCUCAAUUGAUCUGCAUCUUUGCUUCAAUGGUCUUCUGCUCUGCUCUGCUAAUCCUUUUGCAACUUUUCCUCAAUUUUAUACCCUGAUCAUUGCUGCUUGUGGCUAUAUGUAUCUUUAAUUAUUAUCCAUAUUGUUAUGACUGUGGGCUUUUCAUAACAAAAAGUGCUUUUUAUUAAGAAUGAACUCUGAAAUUUACAGUGUGACUGUGCUGGAG